AUGUCGUGUUUCUACGCGUGUAUCCACCAGGAGACCGUGGGCAUAGUGGAACAGUGGGGUCGCUUCAGCAAAGUCGCGGAGAGCGGCUGCAACUGCCUCAACCCCUUCUGCGGCGAGUCGGUCGCCGGCGUGCUGUCGCUGCGUGUGCAGCAGCUUGACGUGACCUGCGAGACCAAGACGCGGGACAAUGUGUUUGUGACGGUGGUGGUCAGCGUCCAGUACCAGGUGCGGCGGCUGCUGCCGCUGCUGUUGCUGCUCCUGUCGCUGCUGCUGCUGCUGCUGUGCUGCGACGACGGCCGGGUCAAUGACCCCAAGGCCGCCUUUUACAAGCUCACAAACAGCCACACCCAAAUCAGCUCUUACGUGUUCGACGUCGUGCGCGCCGGCGUCCCCAAGCUGGCCCUGGAUGAUGUGUUCCUUGAGAAGGAGGCCAUAGCCAAGUCCAUCAAGGAGGAGCUCACCAAGAGCAUGAGCAACUUCGGGUUCAACAUACUGCAG